AUGCCCGCAAUGCAGUAUUUCGAGAAAGCCCAAUCGAGCUUCAAGCCGCCGCUCGUCGCGAAUGAAAAUGCGUACUUGGGUGAUGUUGGGAGUUCUCAAUCCACAUCCCCAUCCACCCCGAUAUCCGGCGGCUUCUACCGUCUCGAAAAAGGCACGCCGCUGGACUACACGUACUCGUAUGAUGAGAUGAAGAUUGUGCUCGAGGGGCAUUUUUACAUCAAAGAUGAGACGGGCAGAGAAGUCAAGGCGGAAAAAGGCGAUGUGUUUUUGUUUCCAAAGGGCAGUCGAAUUAUUUUUCGCACGGAUGAGUAUGGGCUGGCGUUUUUUGUAGGGCAGAGGGAGAAAGAUACGCUGUAG